GGGUGCCCGGCACGGAGGUGCCCGGCGGCAGAGCGGGGAGAGCCAAGGUUGCUGUCAGUUCUCUCAGGGCACACCUGCUGUGCUUCCCCCCCGUGCCGAGCAGGAUCCAAGGCUCCAGGCCCUUCUCUCUGAGCGCGGCUGCCAGAGCCAUUUUGGGCCGGGGCAGGUGGGGAGGUGACGAGGGGAAGGAGAAACUCACCUUGAAGGACGUGGCCGAGCUCCUCCGGAAGAAGGAAUGUCGCCGUGUGGUGGUGAUGGCCGGAGCCGGGAUCAGCACACCCAGCGGCAUCCCAGACUUCAGGUCCCCCGGGAGCGGCCUGUACAGCAACCUGGAGCAGUACGACAUCCCGUACCCCGAGGCCAUCUUCGAGCUGGGCUAUUUCUUUGUCAACCCCAAGCCCUUCUUCACCCUGGCCAAGGAGCUCUACCCCGGCAACUACCGCCCCAAUUCCGCCCACUACUUCCUGCGGCUGCUGCAUGACAAGGGGCUGCUCCUGCGCCUCUACACCCAGAACAUCGACGGGCUGGAGAGACUGGCUGGGAUCCCUCCCGACAAGCUGGUGGAAGCCCACGGCACCUUUGCCACUGCCACCUGUACGGUGUGUAAGAGGAACUUCCCCGGGGAGGACUUCAGGGGGGAUGUCAUGGGGGACAGGGUCCCUCGCUGCCCCGUGUGCACCGGAGUUGUCAAGCCUGACAUCGUGUUCUUUGGUGAGGAGCUCCCACAGCGCUUCCUCCUGCACCUGGCAGACUUCCCCCUGGCAGACCUGCUCUUCGUCAUUGGGACGUCCCUGGAGGUGGAGCCCUUUGCCAGCCUGGCCGGAGCCGUGCGCAGCUCCGUGCCCCGGGUCCUCAUCAACCGGGAGCUCGUGGGCCCCUUCGUGUGGCAGCAGCGCCACAACGACGUGGCCCAGCUCGGGGACGUGGUCGGGGGCGUCGAGAAGCUGGUGGAGCUGCUGGGCUGGAACAACGAGAUGCAAACGCUGAUCCAGAAGGAGAAAGAGAAGCUGGAUGCAAAGGACAAGUAGGACGGUGCUCCUGCCACCCCUCAGCACAUCACUUGAUGAUGUCCAGCCAUAAAUGUCACCAGCAAGUGGCAGGGUGCUCGUGCCAGCACAUCCAGCGAGCUCCGUGUCUGCAGCUGGCUGUUUGGAUCUCCCUCCUUCCCAGCUGUCCAUCCCGGACACCCUUACUGGGCCUGGUUCUAGGGAGCAGGAGCUGGAAUCCCAGGAGCCUGGAGCAAGUUUUCCAGCUCCCACUGGACUGAGCAUCCGAAGUCUCUCACAGCUCCUCCCCAGCCACUGUUCCCUUGGCCACGAUCCUGAGCUGCUGCAGACUGUGUUUGUUCUUCCAUGAAAUCUCUGCUAAUCAGGGUACAGUUUAGGGGCGGGGGGGCUGCCCCCCAUUCCCAUGCCAGCUCAAGCUGCUGCAGGAUUUCUGAAUCACUAGAGUGUUAAUUAUUUAAUAAUAAAGAGAUAUAAUUCA